AUGAAUUAAAACAAUCAAUACAAUCCAUUUGCUAUGCCCCCUGAUUUCAGUAAUUACAUUAUUCAUUUAUAUUACUAGAAUUAGUCUAUGCUCAUGCUAAAGCUAAACAAGUUGGAUAUCAAAAUUAAAACUAAUAAGAAUAUUGUCCUUGUUGCAAUAUGUCAAUAAAUAAAAUACCUAUAGGAUUAUGUGAGGACAUUAUUAAGCUUUAAUUUUUAGGUAAUUCUAAUUAGUUAUCUCAUUUAUUUUAGGUGAGGGAAUCCCUUUGUUCUUUUAAUCAAUCAAAUUAUAUUCAAUUCUAUUACUACUAAUCUUCGUUCUUGUUGGAAUUUACAAUAUCAUCACUACUUCUGACUUAUGUUAUAAAGAAUAUCAUUUUAGUUUAAUGGAUACUGAAAAAAACCAACAAUAAGGAUGUUAUCAUUUUGUAGGAGUAGCAUAUACUGUCAAUAAAACAGAAACAUAAUUAACUAUUUAAGCUGUCUUGGCAUUUUUAGGAACAUUCUUUGUAACAGCAGGUCUUUUCUUUAUCAAAAGGUUUUAAUAAAAAAAUCUUCAUUUCUCUAUAAAUAGCUCCCCUAGUGAUUUUACUUUAUUAUUAAGAAAUUAUCCUUAUAAUCAUGAAAAAUAGUAGAUUGAAUAAUACUUUCAGUACAAUUUUAAUGUUAAUCCAUCAUCAAUUGUUAAAAUUAUACGUCCUUUAAAUAUUUAAGACUAUAUGAAUGACAAGAAAAAAAAAAAUGAAAAGUUAUAAGAAUAAUAAAAGAUUUAUGCCUUGAUGACUCGUCCUGAAGAAGUCAGAGAAAAAAGUAGCAUUUUAAAUUAAAUUAUGCUUGAUAUCUAAGUAUUGGAUAAAUAAAUUUCUCUCUAUGAGUAAUAAAUCACUCUUAAUAAUUUAUAUUAAAGAACUGAUUACGUUUUAGUAACAUUAUAAGAUGAAAGUGAAGUUGAUAAAAUUAUAGAAAAAUCCAAAUAAAAUAAAUGGUAUGAAGUAAUAAUGGAUUAUUUUGGAUGUUGUGAUCAAAUGCUCAAUUAUUUUAGUUCUGAUACCCAGAAAUGGAAAUUUAUAAAUGGGUAAAGAGUAUAUAUCAGAAGAGCACCAGAACCUUUAGAUAUAAUAUGGGAAAAUUUUAAUACAAGUCAUUCUGAAAAAAGAUGUAAGAGGUUGUUGGCUUUAAGUUUAAAUUUUUUUGUUGUAAUUAUUGGAGCUUCAAUAGUUUAUGGGAUUUCAUAUACUCAAAAUCAAACAAAAAGUAGUAAUUCAUUCUAUGUGAAAUAUGUAUUGUCAGGUUUAUGUGCUUUGGCUAUUUUGAUUAUUAAUUAAAUUUUGGAAAUGCUUAUAAAAAUUACAUCAAAGUAUGAGAAACAUACAACUUAUACAAAUGAAACUAGAAGUGUAAUGGUCACUUAAACAAUAAUGCAAUUCAUAAAUACUGCUUUAGUACCUUUUGGAUUGUUUAUAUUUACUGAUUUUGAUUAGAAUAAUUUAGCUGUUAGUCUAUUUUUUAUAUUUUUAGGCAAUUUAUUAAUUUUGCCAAUCUUAGAAAUAUUGGAUCCAUUAUAUGUUUUAAAGUUAAUAAAGUAGAAUUAAUUAUUAAAGGAAUAAGAUAAAAGAUAGAUUAUACUCACAUAACAACAAACACAUGAAUUAUUUGAAGGACCAGAUUAUAGAAUAGCAGAUAAAUAUUCAUCUAUUUACAAGAGUAUUUUGAUGAGUAUGUUUUAUGUUUGCAUUUUUCCUUAUGGAAUGAUGAUGUAAGUGUUGUCUUUAUUUUUAUAUUUUUGGGCGUGCAAAUAUACAUUAUUAAGAAGAUGUUCUUAUCCUCCAACAAUAAAUAGAAAUUUAAAUGAUUCUACUCUUCAAUUACUGGGAAUAUCACCAAUUUUAAUAUCAGCUGGAUCAGCAUGUUAUUAGUUUGUUCUAAUUAACACUUAUAGUAAUAUGAUUUUGCAUACAAUAAAUAUGAUAUUAUCUUGUUUUUGUGCAGGAGCAUAUUUAUAUUUUAAAUUUGAUUCGAAAGUGACUCAAACAGAUUCUGCUGUAUAUUUAAACUACUAUGAAGAGAAAAUGAAAUUUUAAACAGAUUAUGAGUAAUGCAAUCCUGUAACGAUGAAACAAGCUUAAUUUUAAUAGGAAUACAAAUUAUAAUGA